AUUUUUCAAAUAUCAAUAAUAACCGGUUAACAAUGAUUCAUAACUAGGGUAAUUAAACAGAAGGCAAUAGAAUUAUUUUUCAUUUCUUUAAAUUAAAUGAUAAUCGUGAUCUAUUGUCAUUGACAUUGGUAAUGACGAUUUUAUGAGCGCGAUAAGUCACGUGUUAUUGAGUAAAAUAUUAUAAAUUGGGUAAUAACUACAAAGUCUAUGCCCUUUAAUUCGGAUUGAUCGAUCGGUGACCCCAAAAAAAACCUAACGUCUAUUUUAGAGUAUCAUGUGGAUUGUGCGAGCAGGUGGAAGUGAACUCCAAACCCCCACAAAAGUCCUCCCGCCCCCAAUUUUUCAUUAUUAAAUGCCGAAUAAAAUGUGAAAUGGUCAUAAACAGAAGUUUGUUACAGACCGGAGACCAAAGGUAUCAUUAAUUCCCCGGGAGAAUAAUUGAAGUAUGGAAGUGAAUAUUUGGAAAGAGCAAAGAGUGAAGAAAGAGGAGACAUGAGUGAGUACUGGGGAUUGGACUAUGAAAGGCGAGAUUCAGUUAGUCCUCCCUCCUCGGACGACCCACUCCAUGAGAUGAGUGAUUUCUAUGGGCAAACGCCACCCAGAACCCGACAGAGCAGGCGGCAGAGGGAGCGAAAGCAGAGGACCUCGUGGGGUGAGCCAAAAUCAUCUCCAGCUGGGAGAGAGGUUCGCGCAAAACCCAGCAUCUGCCGACGAGACACCCUGGACACAAUGAUCUUCAAUAAAAUGUGUGAAGAUGCAGAUGAAGCUCGGAUUAAAGAAGAAGCAGCCAAGGAAGGUAGCAGAAAAUCAAAGAGAAGCUUAAAACUUGCACGGGGAAGUGAAAGAGAUCUGAAACUUGAUGUUGAGGCUGCAGCACAUUAUGCCGAACGAUCGGAGCGUCGAUCAACUCCAGUGCCAUGCAACAUGAAGGUUUGGCGUCGUGUGAUAGAGACCAGGAAUAGAUUUCGUUGUUUGCGAUCUAAACCGGUGGACUCUAAUCAUAAGAGGAGGGAGCCUGCCCUAGUUACUGUUCCAGCACCACCAACACCAGUUGACAGUAUUGAGGAGGCGCAGCCAAAGAACUUAUUGGAACGACAAGUCUUUCACGAUACUUUUGCUUUUUUAAUACGUUUGGGAAGUACAGACAGAGAGAAGAACUGUAAAAGGCAGAUGAGCAGUGAGGAGUCAAGAUGGCAAAACGAACUCAAGGAUUUAAUUUGGCUUGAACUCCAGGCAUACCAUGCAGACAGAAGUCUGAUGGCUCAGGAUGAGUACCUCUGCAGGCAGAGAGAAGCUAUUGGACCUUUGUUGACCGAAAUAAUGGACUACAAAUACAAUUCAGAUAUAUUCUCAAACCCUCCAUCAGUGGUAUCAAGUUCGAACGAUAGAGGUUUCAAUGGGUCAACUCCUCUGAUUAUAGAGCCCAUGUGUAUGGGCUGUUUGAGGAUGCGGUGUAGAUCUUGUUCCAAGGCGCAACUUAUAGCACUCAAACAAGUAGAAGGUCUACUUUGUCGGCUAGAGGCAGCCGAGGCCCUUUAUCCUUCGUGCCAGGCGUUCGGCGUGUAUUAUCCUAUGUACAAAAGUGCAGAGUUUACCGGCAGAGUCAAAGCCAUGUGUCUCUGGUACAAUAUGACUCGACAUCACAGGUUGAAAUUGCACAUCUUGGGGAAAUUACUGAUGCUUCUCGACAGCCCGAAGAAUAUGAAUUAUGAAGUUGAUUCUGGAAUUAGUUCAAGAUCAUCUGAGACCAGUGACUUGCUCGAUCCCAAGCCGACAGUCGUUCGUUUCGAACUUUCUUCUCUGGAAGACAGUGUGAAUAGCACCCCAUCAGAGAGUACAAGCAGCAAUUCUUCGACGGGAGGUAUAUCGCUUCUGCAAUCUUGGCCGUCAACUCCCGAGUCAACGCUCACCUGUUUGGAAGAUCACAGAUUUGAUUGCCUGGACCAGUACCUACCGGAGUUCGAUAGACAAGCUUACCGAAAAUACAUCGAAGAGGUCCUCAAGACUCGGGGUUUAAGCAAAAGUCUCAACUUUUUGGAGCGACUGCACACCUCAGUCCUGAGGAAAGCUAGUCUCGCCCUGAAGAAAUGGACCUCUGAAGACGAACUCUCCACAAACGAGGAGUACGAAGGGGAUAUAGAGCUCAAGCGUUACGGAGUGUGGAGUCCGGAAGCCAAGGCCCUGAACCUCCCCUCGUACAGGUCUGCUUUCAUAUUUCUCUCUCGAGUGCCCCUCGACAUUGUCCAUGAGUUCCUUCGGAUGAGGCUCGAGCAGAAACCUGAGCAGCCAGGGCCCCUUUCAGUUCGACAAUUGAUGAGGGAAAUGCGAGAGGGUUUGAGAAUAGCCUGCAUUCAUCGGGACAGAUUUGUCGAGCAUUCGAAAACCGUUCACGCAUUCGAUGAUUCCAUCUCGGGUAAGUCCUUAGAAUCUCCUACACAGUCACCUCUUGUUGAAUUCGAUGAUGUGAAGGACUUUGAUGAUAGCCUGAAAGCUGUGUUCGAGGUAUACUUGGAUUAUCUUCGUCAGUGGGUGGAUAUGGUGCAGUACAACAGCUUCCACAAGAGUCUGAUUGACGACGAGUGGAGUUUUGUAAAAUCUAUUGCGGGGGGGAUCAAACAUGGCCACAAGAUCGGUGGUAUUAAAUUUUGUGAUAUAACCUGCACGAUGAUAGAGCAGAUACAGGAGUUUCUAGUGACAAAGCCUCAGGAAAUUAAGGAGACUACUGAUGCUCUCGAGGGAGAUGUUUCAGUUAUUAAACUACACUUAAUGUCUGUGGGAAGGGAAUGGCAGGGAAUGUUCGUAGAGGCUAGAGAGAAGAUCACCAAAUGCCUAACAUUCGCUAAAUCCUUGAAGAAAGACAUCAGUCAGUGGCCUGAUGCAUCUGGAGACCUUGGUGAUGCAGUAUUCAACAUGAAGAAUGUUAUUUUAAGUCUCAGAGAUCGAUUGAUCGUUCUCAUUGAGGAUUUCCAAGCGACCGUUGAUGAAGCUGAGGAGCCAAAGUCCGAAAAUGAUCUAUUUGCUAUGAGAACUCGAGUUCGGGAAAUUCUGCAUCAGGCUUAUAGAAUGGGCUUUGAUUAUCAUAAAGAGGUCUGCAAACUGUUUUCACCUGAGGAAAGAAACCUAUUGGUCCACGGACUGGUGGAUUUUGCAAUGCUAUGGAUGGAUUUUGUGAAGAAUCGGUGCGAGAGGGGAAGGGGAUUGAGACCCAGAUGGGCCAAUAAUGGAUUCGAGUACUUGAUGACAAUCUGUGAACCCCUGAACACUAGGUAUUUGUCUGACGGAGAGUUUGAGGCAUUGAAAGAGGCGAUGGAUCGAUGCAUAUCCCAUGUCGUUGGGACUGCAAAUUCUUCUGGUUCUCAUUCGGAGCAAGAAGGGGUCAAAAGACUCCCUCGGUCACGAGCCUCGUCACCAGCGAGUUCUGGAAGCAGAUCUAGCUUCAGUAUGCCUUCCAAAUCUAAAGAUAGUCUAAGAUCUCCGGAGGCGAAUCAUAGGAAGUAUUCGUCUCUACAUUCUAGUGAUGGCAGUCUAGCUGUAAAUUUAAUUGUACCUGAAACGAUGCAAGUCAAGAAGGAGAGAAUUCUGGGAGCUUUGAAAAAACUUGAGUUUGAUAUUGAUGAGAGGAGGAGAGGAUGUGAGCUCAUUGGUAGGGUCACUAGUAGAAAAUCUGUGGAUAAAAUUAAAGUUAGAAUCAGGAGGGUAACGUUCACCUGGCAGAGGGGCAUCAAAAUUGGACAGGGAAGAUUUGGGAAAGUUUACACAGUCGUUAACAAUCAAACUGGUGAGCUGUUGGCUAUGAAAGAAGUACCUCUGCAACCUGGAGAUCAUAGAGCUGUUAGAAGGCUUGUCGAGGAGCUUCAAAUCUUCGAGGGAAUCCAGCACAAGCAUCUCGUCAGAUACGAUGGUAUUGAAAUACAAAGGGAGGAAAUGCUUUUGUUUAUGGAAUUCUGCGCUGAAGGCACUUUGGAAAGUCUUGUCGCUGGCUCUGGAAAUGGACUGCCUGAGAUAUUCAUCAGGAAAUACACACAUCAGCUUCUACUGGCUGUCUCUGUUCUCCAUAAUCAUGGAAUUGUUCACAGGGAUAUUAAGACUGCGAAUAUAUUUCUCACUGAUCAGGGGAAUUGUCUGAAGCUCGGAGACUUUGGGUGUGCUGUACAGAUCAAGGCGCAUACGACAAUGCCUGGUGAACUCCAGGGAUUCGUGGGAACUCAAGCUUAUAUGGCUCCUGAGGUUUUUAUGAAGACUGAGAGUGGAGGACAUGGCAGGGCUGCUGAUGUCUGGUCUGUUGGUUGCUGUGUCGUGGAAAUGGCCAGUGGCAAGAGGCCCUGGGCUGAAUUUGAUUCUAACUAUCAAAUUAUGUUCAAGGAAUGGGGGAGAGUCCGGCGCCUCCAAAACACCUCUGUAAAGAGGGUGUCGAUCUCGCCAGCAAGUGUCUCACUCAUGAUCCAAAAAAGCGACCAACAGCCAACAUCUUGCUGUCACAUCCCUUCGCGAGAAAUUAUGACGAUGUCAAUGUUGAUCUACUUAAUCGUGUCGUUAGCUGACUUUACUAAGCGCUUAUAUAUGUCUAUUUAUCUACUUAACGAAAACCACUGUAUGUCUGGGGGAAUUUUAUUGUGAUAGAUAUUUUGUGCCUGUUUCAACAUUCCGGACUUAUAGUCGCUGUGAAUAUUCACGCAAAUAAAUGUUUUAUGGAUUGAA